AUGAAAGAAUGUCUCUCUUUAAAUGACGAGACAACAAUUACUUAUAUUAAAGACAAAGAAAUCUUAGCAACUAUUCUUACUUUGCUUUAUAAUUUAGCGUCUAAUUCAACUCUAAAUGAUGUUAUAAAAGAAAUUAUGCCAAAGUCGAUUUUAUUAUUCCUGUGUGAUAACGAAGAGAAACAAAUUACAAGUAAUGGUACUCGACAAAAAAUUAACAUACCAAAGAAUAUUCAAUUCCCAGCACGAUCUCUAGUUGCACUAUCAACUGAAGAUAUUGAUGACUUGGAUCAGCCAGAUGAAGUUACCAACUUACUCGUUACAUAUUUGGCGAAGGCUGUUAAGAAUGACUCACAAACGUAUGAAGGAGUUCAUGCUAAGAUACGAUUAUUUCUUGUAGCAAUUGCACAGAAUGAUCAAGUGAAAGAACAAAUUGUAGAAUCUGGUGCAUUGAGAUUAUUAUCUGACUGUGUUCUUACUCCGGGAGCUGCUGUUUAUAAAAUUCAACAACCAGCAUUAGACGCUAUGUGGUUAGUCAGUUUUAAUGGAAAAGCACGUCUCGUACUGAGGACAGAUGAAAAACUUGUCACACGAUUACAGGAAAUAUUUGAAUCAGGCAGCAGCUUUGAUCAACAAAAAGCAGCUGAUGGUGUUCUGUGGCGUUUAAUUAAUGAAGAAAAUUUUC